AUGGGUCAACGGAGCAAGGUGUUAGACACGGAUGGCCCGACGCCAAAGUUUCUCCACGCCAUCAUCAAACAACUGGACUUGAAGACCAUUGAUUGGAACCGAGUGGCUUCUGAGCUUGAAAUUUCGAACGGCCAUGCUGCCCGCAUGCGAUACUCACGGUUCAAAACGCAGAUGGACGGGCCAUCUCCACGAGCAAUCAAAAAGAGGAACGCGAAGAAAGCCGGAAAGGAUCCUCUAAAGGGAAACAUACAGGCGUCACCACAGUUUUCCCAGUCCGGGAUCGCGCCGUACUUGGAGCCAACAGAGUCGCCCUUCCAGUCCAACCCAUUCAUUAAACACGAAUCUGGUAGUCAAGGCUCUGCCACCCCCGGCACCGCAGACCGUCUUGGCCAUGAUUAUGCACGAAUUAGGCCACCAAACCACAUGCAGUCAAUUACAAAAGUCUCUCAAGGCGCUUGGCCCCAGUACCAUUCGAGUGGAAUGUCAUUCUCUCUUGCCUCGGGCAUGCCAUCUUCACUGCCUUUGAUCCCAUCGCCUUUCGCUUCCUAUUCAUCAUUUCCGAUAUCCCAUGAGGUAGAUAUGCAAGACUUCUCCGCACAGGCAGCUUCCUUCAAUUAUCCCCCAAUGAUUACUUGGGGGCCUGCAACACAGCAACAAACCGAAUCUGCCCCCUCCCCCAUGGAGAUCAAGGAGGAACCCGAGGCAUAUGAAUCCAAGUCCAAAGAUGUGGUGGUCAAAGUGGAAGAGAUCCCCGAUGGCAAAUCCUGGAUGAGUUAG